AAUUUUCGCAGAGGCACAGACGCGAGUGAAAAUUGAGAAAUUAGCAUCCAUAUUGAACAUGAUGAUGACGGUUGUUUCGUUUAUCUAUCUCUAAUUCACCAAGUAAUCCAGUUAUGAAGUUGUUAAGCUUAGUGCUUUCAGUAGUACUAUUCUUUACAGUUGUUAAAGCAGCACACUGGAGCAAAGAAGAUUAUGAAAUCUUCAAUUUAAAUGAUUUAAUUUUGGAAGAUUUAGGUUUAGAUGUUACUUUCUAUUCAUGGUUAGGAUUGGAAAAUGGUCCAAAAUCAACAUUACAAGAGAUCACUAAGGCUUAUAGAAAGAAAUCUAGACAAUUACAUCCUGAUAAAGUGUCUACAACCGUUAGAAGUGUUAAAAAGAAGGCCGAAGAACGUUUUCAAAGAUUAUCAUUGGUAGGAAAUAUCUUAAGAGAUCAAGAAUUAAAAAGAAGGUAUGACUACUUUCUUUCAAAGGGAUUUCCUAAAUGGAAGGGUACGGGAUAUUUCUAUACUAAAUUCCGUCCUGGUUUUAUUUUGACUAUUUUUGGUUUAUUUUUACUUGUCGGUACUUUCCAUUAUGUAUCUUUAAAGAUUAACAGAAAACAAGAUCACAAUAGAAUUGUUCAAUUGAAGAAUACUUUGAAAACUCAAGCAUGGGGUGGUUCUGUUAUUCCUCCAGCUGAUGGCUCCGACAGAAAGCUUUACCACGAAGAGACUGGUAAGUCAUUUGUUGUUAAAGUGGAUGGUAGUGUAUGGAUUGUUGAUUCAGAGAAUGCAGAAAAUUUAGUUGAAUUCGAAGAGGAUGAAAUUAACAUCAAUCCAAGUUUUAAGGAAACUCUUUUUUUCAAAGUACCUGCUUAUUUAUGGAAUGUUAGUAUCGGAAAGUUUACAAAACCAAUUGAUACUACUAUUGUUUAUGAAAGACCAGAGAAGAAACAAGAACAAACUGAAGCUAAACCAAAACCAAAAAAGAAGAUCCAACGUGGUGAAAAGAAGGAACUUAAAAACGGUACGGUUGUCUACAGUAGACCAACUAGAGGUGGAAGAAAGUAGGGUAGAUAUUAAAUGUACGAUUAAUUGUUAUUUUGUAUAAAUUAG